CUUUCCCCAACUGCCUCCCCAACGGCCAACUGCUACCUCCUCUCCUGGCACUCCAGGAACCUCUCCCAAAACUCCCAUACUCUCAACACUGGCCGACCCUGAUCGUCUUAAGGGCCCAAUCUGUGGGGCAUCCUGGAGGGAAUUUGCUCCCCACCUUGUCCAGCCCAGAAACCUGCCAAGAGUUCUCACCUCCCUGCAACCACCACACAAAAGUUCCCACACUGCUCUGGAGCACCUGCUGUUUCUCAGGCACUGUGCAAGGUGCCAGACCGCAGCACUUCACAGGACACCUGUGGCUCUUCCUCCAUAAAGGCACCCAUGGGUGGGACAAUGAAGCUGGCUGUGGUGGCGCUGUUUCUGGCUCUCACAAUAGUGGUCCCCAGAAACGUCGAGGACAGCGACACGUGUACGUACGAGGCCCUGUCUGACACCGAUGCUGUCGUCUGCAAGGGCCUUCAAGUUUUCUACCCAGAACUGGGGAACAUUGGCUGCAUGUUUGUUCCUGACUGCAACAACUACAGGCAGAAGAUCACCCACUGGAAUGAGCCCAUAGUCAAGUUCCCUAGGGCCUUGGAGGGCGCAACCUACAUCCUGGUGAUGGUGGACCCGGAUGCCCCUAGCAGGUCUUCACCCAAAGCUCAAUUCUGGAGACAUUGGCUGGUAACAAACAUCAAGGGCACUGAUAUGAAGAAAGGGAAGAUUCAGGGCCAGGAGCUGUCAGCCUACCAGCCUCCCUCCCCACCAGCACGAAGUGGCUUCCACCGCUACCAGUUCUUCGUCUACCUUCAGGAAGGACAGAACAUCUCUCUCCAUUCCAAAGAAAACAAAACUCGAGGCAAUUGGAAAAUGGACAAAUUCCUGAACCGCUUCCACCUGAGCGAACCCGAAGCAAGCACCCAAUUCAUGACUGAAAAUUACCAGGACUCCCCAAAUUACCAGCCUCCCGCAGGAGGAAGCAGUGAGCCCACGGACAAACCCAAACAGAGUUAGCUGCCGGCCAGACAUCGGGCUUCGUGUUGCAGGUGUGUGUGUCCACAGUGCCACCAGCGAAGGUCUGGGCAUGGACCCCCUCUAAGCAGGGAACUCCUUCUCUCCCAAAUUAA